CCGACGACGGCCAUAUUAUUUUCAUUAUCGAGUUGUUCGUUCGCCGGGUCUGCUAGGUGGAUUCUGGUGAAUGACACAUUUAUUUUAUUUUUAAAUUCUCUCGUUUGAGAGAUACUUUCCAUUCACACCACGUAUACCACCUUUCCCGGGGUCGUAAAAACUUAAAGGAUUCAAAAUGCAGUACAACAGUUUUCACAAUCAACACCCAAUUUUCAGGCCUCGGUUAGAUCAGAAUGAACAAUUCGGUAAGAUGCCUUAUCUCAAUCGAAUGUACGAGUUUGGGGGACCUAAGAACUUUGCUCCUAGAAACAACAUGGGUAAUAAAAAUUUUAGACCCAGGAAUGAUUUUAAUGGAGUGAGACCAGAUUUUAAUGCUAACCGAAAUGAUGAUUUUGGGGGGCCUAAGGAAUAUAGGCCAAGGAAUAACUAUAAUAAUCAAAACAUGCAAAAGAAAAAUGAGUAUGAUGGAGAAAAUGCGUCAGGCAGUAAUAAUAUGCAAUUUUACAAUUCUAAAAAUGAUUUUGGGGGACCCAAACCUAGCUUCCAGAAGAAUAACUUUGGUCCUAAAAACUACAAUAAUCCAAACGGGUCACCUACUAAUGGUCAGCAGCAGCAGUAUAUGCAAAAGAAAGCCUAUAACUCUAACAACAGUGGGCAAUCACAGGACUUUAAUGAUCGUAAACUACAAAGUCGCAAAGCUAAACACCCAGGUGAUGGGUUAGUUAAGCCUGUAUGGGACAUGGGACAGCUUGAAGAAAUUGAGAAGAAUUUCUAUAAACCUCAUGCUAAUGUAGAUGCCCGUUCUGAAGAGGAAGUCCAACAAUUUAGAUCAACAAAAGAAAUAACUGUUAGUGGUAAUAAUAUACCUAGACCAAAUCAAAAAUUUGAUGAAGGAAAUUUCCCUGACCACAUUCUAAACACUAUCAAAGAACAGGGUUAUGAAGAUCCAACUGGUAUUCAGGCACAAGGAUGGCCUAUUGCUUUAUCUGGUCGUGAUAUGGUUGGUAUAGCAUCUACUGGUUCAGGAAAAACCCUUGCUUAUAUGUUACCUGCUGCUGUUCACAUUGUUCAUCAACAAAGGAUCCAGAGAGGUGAUGGUCCAAUUGCCUUAAUUCUGGCUCCAACAAGAGAAUUAGCUCAGCAGAUUCAAUCUGUUGCUCAAGCUUACAGCGCACGUGGUUGCAUAAGAAACACUUGUCUAUUUGGUGGAUCACCUAAAGGCCCACAAGCUAGAGACUUAGAAAGAGGUGUGGAAAUUGUCAUUGCUACUCCUGGUCGCCUUAUUGACUUUUUAGAACGUGGAACCACAAACUUGCGCCGCUGCACAUAUUUAGUUUUGGAUGAAGCUGACAGGAUGCUGGAUAUGGGAUUCGAGCCUCAAAUCCGGAAAAUUAUUGAACAGAUACGCCCGGACAGGCAAGUUUUGAUGUGGUCUGCCACAUGGCCUAAGGAAAUUCAAGCCUUAGCUGAAGAUUUUUUAACGGAUUACAUUAAAGUUAACAUUGGCUCUCUAAACCUUUCUGCAAAUAACAAUAUUAAACAAAUUAUUGAAGUAUGUGAGGAACAUGAGAAAGAAGCAAAACUAAGCAACCUUCUAAAAGAGAUAGCUUCAGAGAAAGACAAUAAGGUCAUUGUUUUUGUUGAAACAAAGAAGAAAGUUGACGACAUUGCUCGUGCUGUUCGACGUAACGGGUACAAAGCUCUAGCUAUUCAUGGAGACAAGUCUCAACCAGAGCGUGACGCAGUGCUUACAGAGUUCCGUAAUGGUUCUACGACCAUAUUGAUUGCUACCGACGUAGCUGCUCGCGGUUUAGAUGUCGAAGAUGUAAAAUUCGUCGUCAAUUUUGACUAUCCUAAUUCCUCUGAAGAUUAUAUUCAUAGAAUUGGCCGCACGGGGCGAUGCCAGCAAUCUGGUACAGCAUACACUUACUUUACAAGUGGUGAUGCUCGUCAAGCUCGUGCUUUAGUUGGAGUCCUAAAAGAGACUGGACAAAACCCACCCACAAAGUUAAAUGAUAUGGCUAGAAACAACAAUAACAGCUCUGGACGUAAUCGUUGGCAGCAACGGAAAGAAAACAACAGUGGAUCUAGUUCACCACGCCAAAAGAGUAACCAGUGGAAUAAUAAAAUGGCAAGUGGUGGUAGUGAUGAUGGUCAAAACUCUAUUCAAACCCACACAUUCACUCAGCAACCACCAAGAUUUUCCAACCAAACUCAAAAUAACCAGGGCUAUAGACAGAACAAUUAUCAAAAAACUGUACCCUUCCCAAGUCCUAAUGUUUUUGAUUCAAUGGGCACAUAUCAAGGAGGUUACAAUAAUGGUUAUCAAAAUGCCUACAAUAACCAAAAUGGGUAUGGUCAAAGGCCCUACAAUAAUACACGUAAUAAUGGACAACAAUACCGCAACAAUAAUGCAGGAGGCAACAAAUCCAGUGGCUCAGGAUCUUCAUUUGGAUCACCCCCACCUCACUAUGCUGCUGCACAUUACCCGCAGAUGCAUCCCCACCACCAGGAUAUGCUUGGUGGCAAGUUCUAUGGCGGUGGCGUAGGUGGUGGCGGGCCAUGCGGUUACCAGGCAGCGGUGGGAGGGGGCGUGCCCUACCCGCAUCUGCCCCCCGGCCCGUUGUUAUACGCAGCCCCCGUACAGCAGUAAACACUCUUACUAACAAUUAUUAUUUAGUUUUUUAAUUAAUUAAACAUUGAGGAUUCUGGUAACUUCAUAUUUCAAGGUUACAUAUUAUAGUUUUGUAUUAGGUAUCUUAAGUUUCAUAUUUCUCAACUUUGCUCUUCAUUGACUUAAUACUUAAUUGGUUUGGAGCUCUAUUGGGAAAUGGGUUUUUUCAAAGAUCUGAAGUUGCAAAUUCUGUUUUUCGAAAAUGUUCUAACUGACAAAAGUAAUGACGGUAUAAUCUCCAUGAAAGUCAUACUUGAAUAUUGAAAGUAAAUGUUUGUGAAUCUUUCAGAUCAAUUUCAAUUACUAAUUAUUCAUAAUAAGUGUGUUAGUUUAAGGGAUUGUUGUUUGUUAGCCAUUAAUUUUAGGUUCCAUAUUUAGCACAAAAACAUUACCAAGUUUGUACUAAAACUUUAAAUUUUUAAAUCAUUGCUUUCUUUACAGUUAGUUAAAAGUUUGGAUGAUAUUUAUAAUUGUUUGUAUGGCUAACAAAAAACUUUCCAUUGGUGGUUUUUAAUGAGCAGAAUGUCAUAUCCACCAUUUAGAUGUAAAUCACUAUAACCACAGUUAAAUUCGUCAUUAAAUUUGAAUUAUUGUAGUACAUGUAUUGUUAGUUCUUCUGGAAAGAUUGGUUUUCAAUAUAUGAAUAAUUAAAUUUAAUGAUUGUAUUUGAAUGUGGUAGUAUUUAGAGUAGUCGGUGUCGGUACCCUCUAUGUAACCGGGUGCCUUUCGUUUUAAAUGUCUGUAUGAUGUACGAAAUGCACGAAACAUAUAGAAGAUGAGUGAAAUUAUAGGGAAGGUUUGCUAACGUCGUAGUAUCUGAAUAAUAUUUUAUAUAAAUUAUUUAAUUGUUAAUGAUGAUCUUAUUAUCCAGUGAAAAUGAGGGACAACUUAGAGUAAGAAAUUUAAAAUGCUUUUGAUAUUGCAGACAAUCUGUAUUGCCAGAUAAAAACAUAUUUCCUUUUUUAAUGUGAUAUUGUCACAUUGGGUCAAGUUUAUUUUAUAUGAAAUUAGAUCUAUUGAGUAUUAUGCCUAGAAGUAUGAGUCUACAUCAAGUCGAUAUAGACAUUAAGGUUUUGGAUUUUUAAAUUCCUCAUUCAAAAGGUUAGAAAUGUAAAUACAUGCAUUUAACAUAGGAAGAUUAAUAUAUUUUGAUCUUUAUAGAUGACCUAUAACAGCGGAUACAUUCGUUUCUUAGAAAGAUAAGUGGUUUCAUUUCAUCAUAUUGUUUUUCAUUAUUUUUGUAAUUGUAUCUCACAUUUGUAUCUAGUAGUUAAUUACUGGAAAUUCUUUGUACGUAAAAGGGUUCUUAGAGCUUAAAUGAGCGACGUCAAUUGGUACAAAACACAGCUGACACUUUGCUGCAAUGUUCCAGAGGCCCAUUACUGUCCAAAGAGUAAAAUAAUCUGUGAUAUUUCAUAACUGAAACCUAUCGUUUUGUUGGUCAAUUGUUAAUACAUAAGAACACUUCCUUAGUUUGGAAAGUGACAAAAAUAUAUUUUUUUAACAAUUUGAGCAAAUUACACAGACAUUUGACUAUAAAGCUUUCAAGUCAUUCACAGAUAAUAAAUAAUAUAUGAUAGCUGUAAGGUUUACUAUUUUAUUGUUAUUCAGUUUAGUUUCACAAUUUAUCUAGAGGUGACAAAAUUGUACCAGUUCAAAAGGGACGUAAUAGUUAUUAUCCUAAUCCUACUAUAGACUACAUCUCGAAGCAUUGUUGAUGUACGUUUAAUGCACACGGGUAGUGGGGGAAUUAUGAGGGGUUAACACUAUGUGGGCCUCGUAUGGGUCAUGUCGGAUACGAGGUUUAAUUUUUAUGUACAUUAUAAGAGAAAGACUGCAUUGAUAGAGUAUAAUUAUGCAUAAUUUCAUCUCAAAGAUGAGCCUUCUAGCCUGUCCUGCUGUUAGUUUGUGAAAGCUGUUAUACAAAGAUAAUUUAUUGGAAUUAGGGCGUUCGGGCUAGAGUAGAUAGUGCGUAUAAUAUCGGCAAACGUGUCGUGUCGAGUACGGUCGCAGACUUGCAGGGAGCUCCUGUAUUUAUUAUGUACAAAGUACUGACCCACCUCUACUAAACAACUGUGAUAAUAACACUAAGUAGCUUAACAGGCAAUUUAUAUACUAGUUACGUCCAAGGGAAGGAAUGACAUCAUAUCUGACAUAUUGUAUUGUGAUAAUAAAUUUUAAUCAAAGACGCGUAUUAAUACUCUCAUCGCGUUAUUGAUAACUUUUCUCUAAAUAAGACUGAUUAUGAUUAUUUCUAUUUGAAUAUUUUAUACUCGUUCCACUUUGACUGAGUGAAGUAAAAUGUCUAUUUAUAUUGGUAGUAUCUCGUGCUGUGUGUUUUCCCUCAAAUUUAUUAUUCACUAUGUUGGAUAUGUGUCAAAAUGUCUUUCUAAAAGGGUCACCAAUUUGAAUUUUAGGUAUGAUUUGGUUUGAUAAGUAAUCCUACUCUUUGUUGUGAUGCUAAAUAUUACUUGUGUUAUUUACAUAGUGGCAGCGACAGAGUAACGUUACAAAAUGAUUUAUUAUUUGUUGUUAAUUUGCAAAAUUUUAUUUAUUCAACCAGAGUCAACUAUUUCAUAGGCAUUUUGUAGUUGCUAUACUAAUAAUUUAUUUGGAAAGAAAACCAUUUGACAAAAGUAUAGAUUUUUAAGUAUGUGGCAAUGCAGAUCUUCAUGAAUUCUUAAAAGAGUUUAAGACAAAUUCAAACGUAAAAUGUUUGUAUGAGAAAUGGAGGGAGGCUCCAUACAUAACUGUCCCAAAGGGAGGUCUUCUGAAUGUUUCUAAGAAGUGCAUUUCUUCUAUGUAAUACAGUAUUAAAUUCCGAUUAAUAAAUUGAUGUAAUUA